GCCGUAUGUGACGUGGUCACAAAAUUCCAGGGCUCUCCAGGUCUCUGCUCGCCGUUGUCCUCGACCUCGACGUGUUCGACGUCCCCAAAAUCCAUUGAAAACCAUUAUUCUUCGUUGGCGUCGCUCCUUUGAAUACGACUGCUCAUGCUGUAGAUGCCACCUCCCACUGUUGUCGAUCCAUGGCUAGCAUCUCGACGCUUCGGAAUAGUCAUUGAUGCCGGUUCCUCUGGCUCAAGAUUGCAGAUAUACAGUUGGAGGGAUCCUCGCACCGUUCGCUAUGAGCAGGCGGAGAGAACCCUGAAUUCUCUUCCGACCGUGGACAAGGGUGUGAGAGAGGGUGAGGAGUGGGUCACGAAGGUCGAGCCUGGUCUCUCAUCCUUUGCAGAAAAUCCUGAGGGGGUCUCUUCGUAUUUGGCGCCGUUGCUUGAGCAUGCGCGAACACAGAUACCCCCUUCACUGCAACCCGAGACACCAUUAUUCCUGCUUGCUACGGCUGGCAUGCGUCUACUUGCACCAACUCAGCAAGCCCGUGUCCUAAAAGAGACAUGUGACUUCCUCAAGUUUCAUUCUCACUUUCGCAUAGACGGACCCUCUGUCGCUGGCCCAUGUGGUAAUAGUGUACGAAUUAUCACCGGGGAAGAGGAGGGUUUGUUUGGCUGGAUAGCUGUCAAUUAUCUCAUGGAUGGCUUUGCGAGUACCAGUGACCAGCCUACAACAUACGGCUUUCUGGAUAUGGGCGGUGCUUCCACCCAAAUUGCUUUUGAGCCUAGCAAGGAGAAGCGCGAGAAAACAGACAACCUGAUAGACAUCCGACUGCGUUUGUUGAAUGGGAAGGAAAUCUACCACAAAGUCUUUGUGACUACCUGGCUAGGCUAUGGUACAAACCAGGCACGGGAACGCUACGUCGGGAAGGUUAUCAAUGACUACGAGGCAAUUCCUCCCACAAACGCGGGGCAUGUUGUCAACGACCCUUGCUUACCGAAGGGCCUCAGGUUAACAGAGUCGCCGGUGCAGCCUUCGUCAGCAGAUAAGCAUUCGAAGGUCCCACACACCUUUGUGGGCACUGGUUCCUUCGAACACUGUUUACAACGCACGUCUCCACUUUUGAAUAAGGAUGCCCCUUGUCCGGAUUCGCCUUGCCUAUUCAAUGGCGUUCACGUUCCGCCCAUUGAUUUCUCCGCAUCCCAUUUCAUCGGUGUCUCGGAGUACUGGUACUCAUCUGACCAUAUCUUUGGUCUUGGCGGGGCAUAUGAUGUCGUACAAUACGAACGCGCUGCGUCCGAGUUCUGUGGGCGUGACUGGUCGAGUAUCGUGGAGGAACACGAACGAUCACGCCAAAUUGGGCAUUUGGGUGGCGACGGCGAAGUCGAACAAAAUGGUCAGGUUGUCGGUACUGGGAAAUGGGGUGACAAGGUAGAGAUACCACGCCUGCAGAUGCAGUGUUUCAAGGCGGCCUGGAUUGUCAACGUGCUCCACGAUGGCAUUGGUUUGCCGCGCAUCGUUGAUCCUGGGGGUAACAGUACCACGAAUGGAGACAAGGUUGCUGAACAAGCAGAGAAUAAAGGUCUUGGCAGGCCAGCCUUUCAAUCCAUGGAGAACGUCGGGGAUAUUGCAAUUAGUUGGACCCUUGGGAAGAUGGUACUCGAGGCAAGCAAGGAAGUGCCCCCAUUGACUGCAAGUGCCCGACCGCUAGGUGACCCACUCGAUGAUAUUCCAGAAUCCUCUCAUUCUCCGAUUCAACCUAUUCGCCCACCUUUUUUGGAUUUCGACGCCAUUGAAGACCAUAUCUCACACCGACUUCCAUCGUCUCUAACUCGACACUCUCUUGGAUUUUCUCCCAUCGGCUUCCUGUUCUAUAUGAUCGUCGUUUCGUUAUUGUUUGCAAUCAUUUAUCGCAUGCGCCAUCGAAUUAGGAGCUCAGUGCGCCGUUGCAUACGUAAAAAGGACCGUCAGUACAUUGCAGAGGGUUACUUCAUGGAGGAAGGGCGCCCUCACAAUGGUUUCCCACAGCACCCUUCAUCCCCAACAUCGCGUUUGUUCUCGAAACUCUUUGACUCAAGCGUUAGGCUAACAUCAUCAGGAACACGGUUUCCGCGUCCCUCGCCCUUGUCUGUUCAUUCUGGUGACGGAACAUUGCGAUCCGGUCAAUCUUCACCCCGUCGUGGUUCUCCCAUCCACCGAUCGUUUUCAUAUCCCACACCAAAUUCGCCCAUUGGUGUGAAUUCCGUGUUGGACUUAACAUUAACCAAUGGCUCAGCCACGUCAUACGUUCCUGGAUCACCUCGGCUUCAUGACGGCAGUAUAGUAUCGAAUGGAAGUGUAGCCUCCCUCACUUCACGCUCUCGUAACGCCUCUCGUUUGGACCUAUCUGUCACGCCGAGGUAGCCCAUCUCACGGACUAACAGCAAUCUGCCUUCGAUCUGAAGGGUCACUGAUGAUUGAACUCACGACAACGUUCGUAAUGACCGGAACGUUCUUUUGACACGACUUACCAUAACCUAUUAGGAUCAUGCUUUUUAUGAUCUGCUCUAGCUCUCGAGUCGACGGACUGGUUCUACGUCUAGAGCCUGCAAAUUCGUCGAUGUCUGGACUUUCGCCUCAUCGAAAACACCGCUCCUUCGCGAACACCUACCAGAGAACUUUGACGAUUUUUAUGGAACUGCGCACGCCACCAUCAAGUUGGCACCCAUGGAACAAACAUGUUCGGGUGCAAUUGCAAACAGAAAGCACUCCUGCUGCACUCGUCGAACCUUCGUCCCAAUGUCGAACCUUCCUCGAAAGAUGGAUAUGUCACGAUUAUGUCUUUAUCAGAUAGUAAGGUCCUUCCGCACAGCCUUGUGGAUUCUUCGCCAUAUGCUCCAACUUGCACGAAGGACGUAUAAUACGCCGUCGUGGGAUGCCGGCGAUGGGCUCGUUUCUGUAUUCUGACACAGGCUCCAACUCCGACGAGGGUGUACGAAAUAGAAGGUUCGAAGAGGUCUGGGAAUAAGGGCCAUCAUGCUAUUGAAAACUUCACAGCAUGUGCGCGAAAUUAGGAAACAUCCGUGGUUUACCGAGGAGUUCUAAUUGUUUGUUGCGUCAGUGUGGAAUGCUUAUUAGAGGACGAUUCUUUUUGGUUGGACCUUACACGGAUAUAUUUAUAUGGACAUGUCGGUGUAGAAUAUACUAUAGUAGUACAUCAAAAUUCGGAUAUCGUACAUACGUGACGGAGUUCCGUACUUGUUGAUAGUGUGCCUCCUGUGAAGUGUCAAAGGUGUGAGACGACAGAACUCAAACUUAUAAUUAGGAUCCGUUGGACAUAGUAUCUAUAUAUACCGUCGGCACAGGUACG